AUGGGCCUUUUCGGCCACAUGCGCAUCCACGAGAGCGACCUUGACCGCACUCCCGACACACCCACUAAAUCCAACACAUCCACCGUGCACACCCCCACCCUCGCUCAAUCUGUCUGCGCCACCACCACCACCACCACCCCCUCUGCACCUGACACUGACACCGCCGACUUCUCAUGCCCACACUGUCCAAGCACAUUCACCUCACGCAUCGACCUGGUCGGUCACUUGCGUAUCCAUCGCACAGAGACUGGCGAACCGGUGCCUGGAGCACCCACCUAUACUCACCAAGCUCGUCUCAACUGA